CACAUGGUCUUCUACAUAUCUAGGUCUAGGACCAAGACUCCCAUCAUUUGAUAUCCUACAAUUCCAUGAUAAGACCUACUGGUUAAUCCAGAUUUCGAAAGUUUUGUUCUUGCGAUAUCAAGCCACUUAACCAAACCUAUUAAAUCUUCAAUAAAAUUCCUCUUACAAUGGAAGAUUCGUCAGAGCUUGAUCGCUAUAGAAGUCCUUUGACGAGCCGUUAUUCCAGCAAGGAAAUGUCAUUUAAUUUUUCAGACAAUAAAAAGUUUACGACCUGGAGAAAAUUGUGGUUGUAUUUGGCCAAAGCUGAAAAGGAACUUGGCUUAAACAUUGAAGAUGAACAGAUUUCAGAAAUGCAAGAAAACCUAACAAACAUUGAUUACAAAAUGGCAGCAGAGGAAGAGAAGAAACGUCGUCAUGAUGUCAUGGCCCAUGUUCACACAUUUGCAGCAUGUUGUCCACAGGCUGCUCCCAUAAUACACCUGGGUGCUACAUCUUGUUUUGUUGGAGAUAAUACAGACCUUAUUGUAUUGAAAGAUGGUUUGAGCAUUCUUCUACCUAAACUUGGUCGAUGCAUUGAAAGACUGUCAAGAUUUGCUAAUGAUUAUAAAUCACUUCCGACUCUUGGUUUCACUCAUUUCCAACCAGCACAACUUACCACAGUCGGGAAGAGGGCAUGUUUAUGGCUAUCUGAUCUUGUUCAGGAUCUUGUCAACUUAACAAAUGUCCAGCAAUCUCUGAGAUUUCGAGGUGUAAAAGGAACAACUGGAACACAAGCUAGUUUCCUUGCCUUGUUUGAUGGGGAUCAUGCAAAGGUGGAGAGGCUAGAUGAGCUGGUCACAAAUAUGGCAGGCUUCGAUAAGGCGUACAUUGUGACUGGGCAAACGUACAGUCGUAAACUUGAUUUGGAUAUUUUGAAUACUUUGGGAAGUUUGGGUGCUUCCAUACAUAAGAUAUGCACAGACAUCCGUCUGCUGGCUAGCAUGAAGGAACUGGAGGAACCAUUUGAAAAAAGUCAAAUAGGUUCUAGCGCGAUGCCAUAUAAACGCAAUCCAAUGCGAUGCGAGAGAUGCUGUAGUCUAUCUCGUCAUUUAAUGACUUUGGUUGGUAAUGCUCAGCAAACGGCAUCAGUACAAUGGCUGGAGAGGACGCUUGAUGAUAGUGCAGUCAGAAGGAUUACAUUACCCGAAGCUUUUCUUACGGCUGAUGUUGUUUUGAACACCUUGCAGAACGUCUUUGAAGGUCUUGUUGUAUAUCCAAAGGUAAUCGAACGUCACAUUAAACAAGAACUUCCUUUUAUGGCUUCGGAAACAAUCAUAAUGGAGAUUGUGAAAAGGGGAGGAGACAGACAGGAAUGCCAUGAAAAGAUACGUGUUUUAUCACAGGAAGCAGCUUCUGUCGUUAAAAUGGAAGGAAAUGACAAUGAUUUAGUGGAAAGAAUCAAACGCGAUGAAUACUUCAAGGAUGUCCAUGAAAAACUUGAUCAAAUUUUAGAUCCAAAAGCUUUCAUUGGUCGUGCCCCUGAGCAGGUAACCAAAUUUUUAAAAGAGGAGGUUUAUCCGAAACUAAAACAAUUUGAGGGGAAGCUCGAUGUUAAAUCAUCCAUCAAUGUUUAGGAAGAAGAGUGACGCCAUAUUGUAGCAUUUCUUUAUUAAAACGUUUGCCUCUCCGUAAUGGUUUAAAACUACGUGCUAAAUAAUUAGUGAAUCUGUUAAAUCAAAAAUCGAAUCAGAAAUUCAAUUCUGAAACGGGGGGUUAGAUCAUAUAUUCAGUUGAUCCCGACCGAUUUCUUUGGAAAGCAAUUCACUUUUUACUUAGUAUUUAAAUUAUUAUUAUUAUCAUACACCGGAUUUUGCAAUUAGGGGCUACAAAAUCGGGACGGCUCUGCUACCAAAGCAACAAAUGAAUUUGAGUUAAGUCAAAUCUCUUAUAAUCUCUAUGCCCCCCCCCCCCUUCCCUGUUUCGACUUUAUUGCAAAGCUAUUAUCAUAGAAUACCGUGAAUUUCAGAACUACGGUCAACCCGGCCCACUCACCAAUUCGACAUUAACUUUACCUCGUACAUAACCUUAAACCCUUAACCCUAAACUUAGUCCUAAACACCGCACUGAAGAUUAUUCAGUCGUACUGUGUCGGGAGCUUUGCAGCCAAUGCAUGCGUCUUGAAAAGGGCCGAGUUGAUCGCACAAUGAAUUACAUGUGUGUUUAGAAUCGCGUCACAAUUGAAUUUCUGAUUCGGUACUGAAUAAAAAUAAUAAACGUUUAUCAAUAAAUAAAUAUCUGUGAUCAACGUGCAA